UAAACGUCGGAUUUUUUUUAGUAGUUUUAAAAUGUGAAAUAUUUAGUGUACACUAAGUCUGGCUAGGUGUUAUAAAUAAAAUAUUACAAAAAUCAAAAACAAAUCUUUAAAGAAUGAUUACUCUAAUGAAUAAAAAAGCACCUAUCAGAUUAGCUGGUGAAAUAGUUAUAAAUUUAACUCUGCGAUCAAAUUUUAGUUGUUGUAAAAGAUUAGGAAAACAAAAAGUGUAUACAUCUGUGAGUCAUGCAUUAGAAGAUGUUAAACCAGGCAGUACUAUCCUUUUUGGUGGCUUUGGUCUGUGUGGAAUACCUGAAAAACUAAUAGAUGGUUUAGUUGAGCGAAAGGAUAUUAAAGACUUAACUGUUAUAAGUAAUAAUGCUGGUAUUGAUAAUUUUGGUUUGGGAAAACUUUUAAAACAAAAAAAAAUAUCUAAAGUAAUUGCUUCAUAUGUUGGAGAAAAUGCUGAAUUUGAACAGCAAUAUUUAAAUGGAGAACUGAUUGUUGAACUUACACCUCAAGGUACCUUAGCUGAAAGAAUACGAGCGGGUGGUGCUGGAAUUCCAGCGUUUUAUACUCCAACUGCUGUUGGUACUCUUAUUCAAGAUGGUGGUAUUCCAUUGAAGUAUAUACAGCAUAAGGAAAAUGAAGAGAAUGAUUCUAAUAAAAAAAACAACAAAAAAGGUCUUGUAGAACUUGCUAGUGAUGGUCGAGAAACUCAAGUUUUUAAUGGACAAACUUAUGUAAUGGAAAGAGCGAUUACUGCAGAUUAUGCAAUUAUUAAAGCUCAAAAAGCAGAUCAUGAGGGAAAUUUAGUAUUCAACAAAUCAGCUAGGAAUUUUAAUUCGGCUAUGUGUGCUGCAGGCAAAACAACUAUUGUAGAAGUUGAAGAGAUAGUCAGUACGGGCUGUAUUGACCCUGAUCAAGUGCAUGUUCCAGGAAUUUAUGUAGAUAGAAUUGUUUUAGGCAAAGAUUACGUUAAGAAAAUAGAAAAAACUGUUAUAGCAAAAAAGACAGAUGAUAACAUAGCAAUGCUAUCUAUCUCUUCUGCUGCUCAAUUAAGAGAACGAAUUAUAAAACGUGUUGCUUUAGAAUUUAAGAAUGGCAUGUAUGUCAAUUUAGGAAUAGGAAUGCCAAUGUUAGCCAGCAAUUAUAUCCCAGAAGGUAUCAAUGUAAUACUGCAUAGUGAGAAUGGAAUUCUAGGUCUUGGUCCUCAUCCAUCAUCUAAAAAAUCUAUUGACCCAGAUUUGAUUAAUGCUGGAAAAGAAACUGUUACAGUUUUACCUGGUAGCAGCUUUUUUAGUAGUGAUGAAAGUUUUGCAAUUAUCAGAGGGGGUCAUUUGGAUUUAACUGUACUAGGGGCAAUGGAAGUCUCUCAAUUUGGUGAUUUAGCUAAUUGGAUGAUUCCAGGAAAACUAGUCAAAGGUAUGGGAGGUGCAAUGGACUUAGUUUCAGCUCCUAAUACAAAGGUAAUUGUUGCUAUGGAACAUACAACAAAAGAUGGAUCACCAAAAAUUCUACCUAACUGCACAUUACCAUUAACUGGUAGCCAAUGUGUUGAUAAAAUAAUUACUGAAAAAUGCGUCUUUGAAGUCGAUCCUCAAAAUGGACUAACAUUGGUUGAAAUAGCAGAAGGUGUAGAAAUUAUUGAUAUUCUUCAAAGUACUGGCUGUGAAUUUGUAAAAUCUGAAGACUUAAAAACUAUGGGUCAAAUUUAAUGAUAUUUUUUUUUUAAUAAAAUUACAAUUAUUAAUUCUUUUGUAUAUUUAAUAUUUAAUGUAUAAAAAGUAUAUAUUGCAUUUAA